GUAGUCGGCCAUUGUCUACAGAAUCGUAGAAAAUCAAAACUUGAUGCUCUUGAUAAUAAAUUAAUAGUUAAUAUCAAACUAGACAGUAUAACAAAUAUCUAUGAAAACAUGAAAUAUCUCAAUCUCCAUGAUACGAGAAUAACAGUGAACUGAUUAUCAACACUUGCCAUUGAAGAUCUGCUGUUGGUGUCAUAACCUGCUUUUUUGAGGUUAGAUACUUAGGUUAGAAUCCUUGUGAAAGUUACGACGUCGCCGUGUUGAGAGACGGUGAAAAAUGAACGUGAUGUUAUCUCGUAACGGGAACGUCGUUUCCCUGCUACCAAGAGUUUUUUCAAGAAGAUUCGCUGCAACAAAGGCCGAGGAAGUGUCGAAGAAAGAUGAUCUUGAUAUUGAAACACUGAAUGAGCAAUUCUACUUAGUACCCAAAGGCACCCCAGGUUUGACCGAGGAAGAAAUUGAGCAGAAGCGAAACAAGUCCAGGCUUAAUGCUUCGCACAGAAACAUCUUGUUUGACAAGCGUCCUGAAUAUGAUGAAAUACAAUCUUUUCACACCUCAGUUAGAUAUAAGCGAAGAAUGGUUGGAAGGUAUGGUAUGGAGGCUAGUGAUGUACCUAUUGGAAUCGCCUGGCCGACGAAGGACGAAGUUGCAGAUAGGAAGGAAUAUGAAUCACUCUUAUAUCCAGAAACAAUUCAUGAUAUGUGGGAUAAGAUUGCCAAGAAGAAUAUUGAAUUGGCAGAAAGUAUCAGAGCCAGGGAUGAAGCUGUAGGUCAAAAUCUAAAGAAACUUGAUAAAUGGAUCGCGGACCUGAAUGCCAAAGUAGCUAAGAAAGAAGCGGAGAUGUUGGCAGCCAGGGAGAGAAAGGAACGCCUGAUAGAAGAGGUCAGACGGCAUUUUGGCUUCAAAAUAAAUCCCAAUGAUGCGAGAUUCAAGGAGGUGCUUGCUCAGAAGGACAAAGCGGAUAAAAAACAGCAGAAGUUAGCUAAAAAAGAAGCCAGACAACAGAAAUUGUUGGCCAAGAUCGCUAAAUCAAAUCAGGAGAAAACGAAAGGAAAUAAGAGUCAAGAUAGUGAAGUUGAUAAAGAUGCUGAAUGAUUCCUGAAAUGUUGUACAGAAAUCAAUGAAAGUCAAUACGUAGACUGACAAGAAAUGCGGUAACAGGAGUUUGUAUUUAAUAAAUUUGAAGCAUCUGCGAAAUUGUAAA